AUGGCGGCUGCAAAGGACGGACUUCUCAACGUGGGCGAACACUGCGCCUACAUAUCUUGCCACAAGCUUGAUUUCCUUCCAUUUAAAUGCCCCGACUGCGACAACAAAUACUGCCUCGAUCAUCGCCAGCCAUCUUCGCACGAAUGUCCGGCCGCGCUAACAAAGCAGGCAAACUCCCAGCCAUCUUCUGCAUCUCCAAAGGGCAGACAACUAGGCGCUCCUCCAACAUCUCGCGAGCAUCCGACGAGCUGUUAUCUUUCUACAUGCACUACGCAAAUCAACACGACGCUCAGUCCCGCCACUCGAUGCCCUGUGUGCAAGAACCUAACCUGUCUUAAGCACCGACUUUCCCAUUCUUGUCCCGGCGCGCCAAGUCAGCCGAGCACGGACAAGAAAGCAAGUGCGAUGGCGAAGUUCUCAGAGUGGAAGAACAGACAGACUUCGUCAAACGCGCAGGCAUCUUCGACUUCGGCAUCUUCCUCUUCGUCGAAAAUAUCCAGCUCGCUCACCUCAUUCCUGAAACCGAAACCGUCUGCCUCUGCCGCUGCGACCAUCGCACGCGCUAAAGCGAUUGCAAGUUUGAAGGCCAACGCGAAAGGUGACGCGGCGGUUCAACCUGCAAAUAGAAUAUACCUCUUUGUCGAAUCCAACUUCUCCCGCUCCACCUCCACCGCAUCUUCAUCGUCAUCAGUAUCAUCAUCAUCAGCAUCACCAAAGACCGCAAAAGCCGAGAUGUGGUUCGGAAAGGACUACGCUAUCGGCAAAGUCCUCGACAAAGCAGCGGCGCGGCUGCAGGUGCCGAACCAGAACAGCAGCAAGGUAGAGGAUAAGGACCGGCUGCGCGUGUUCCACGUCGAAAGCGGGCGCGUGCUUGAGUUUUCGCAGAAAAUCGGCCAGGCGGGCGUCAAAGACGGAGACACGAUCUCGCUAGUGAAGGGGAUCGUUAUGCCGAGUCUGUUGCAUGAUUAA